UUUAUCCUUUUCUUCAAAUCUUCUAAGUCCCUUGUGCCGUUCACAGAAAAUCUCAAGAACCGCUGAAAAACUUUGAGCCUUGUAAAUCUACAUCGAUUUCUCAAAUUCAACAGCAAAGAAAUUCUGGAAGGCCAAAACUGCAACUCACUCAUGCCACUGCCUACAUAUCCCUGCAAAUAAAGCAAUCGUUUCCUUCCACUGGCACUACUUUUGCCCCAAGAAAUGAAAAGUUCUGAAGAACAAACAAAGUAGAAAAGUCAUAACCAAUUCAUUUUUACUUGUAAACCAGGCAUUACAGUUACACAAGUCACACAAAUAGGCUCUCCCCCUAUUUUCUCCAUUCCUUUAAGAAACAAAUGAUAUAUAAAGCUCAGUAUGGAAGUGUUUAAAAUUCAGCAGAAGAUGGCUGUGAUCUUCACUAUCUCUCUCUUGAUCCUUGGCGCAAUAGCAAGAGUAGGGAGAGGAGAAGGCCUGGGAGCUUGCUUCAUCUUCGGCGACUCCCUUGUCGACUCUGGUAAUAAUAACUAUUUACCGACAUUGUCGAAGGCGAAUAUUCAGCCUAAUGGCAUCGACUUCAAGCCAUCAAACGGGCAGCCCACUGGUCGGUACACUAAUGGAAGGACCAUCGCCGAUAUCAUCAGUGAAGAGUUGGGACAACCAAACUAUUCACCACCAUUUCUAGCUCCAAAUACCAAGGGCUCGGCCAUUCUGCAUGGAGUGAACUAUGCAUCUGGAGGAGGAGGAAUUAUGAACCAAACUGGAGGAAUAUUUAUCAAUAGACUUGGAAUGGACAUCCAAAUAGAUUAUUUUAACAUCACCAGGCAACAAUUUGAUGGAUUACUGGGAAAGGAGAAAGCAAAAGAGCACAUAAUGAAGAAGUCUAUCUUCUCAAUCACCAUAGGAGCUAAUGAUUUCCUCAACAACUACCUUCUUCCAGUUGUUUCUGUUGGGCAAAGGAUCUUAGAAACACCUGACAUGUUUGUUGAUAAUCUUAUCAGAAAUCUAAGAAUGCAGCUUUCGAGGCUCUACUCACUUGAUGCAAGGAAGUUUGUUGUAGGCAAUGUUGGGCCAAUAGGCUGCAUUCCUUACCAGAAAACGAUUAACCAAGUCGGCUCGACUGAAUGUGUUGAGUUGCCAAAUCAGCUAGCUCUAAAAUACAAUGCUCGUUUGAAGGAUUUGCUAAUAGAACUAAAUGAGAACCUUCCUGGAGCCACAAUACUUCAUGCAAAUGUCUAUGACUUAGUGUUGGAGCUGAUCAAUAACUACCAAUCAUAUGGUUUCAAGAGUUCAAGUUCUGCUUGCUGCAGCAAUGGACCAAUGACUGGAAUAGUACCAUGCGGGCCUACUUCUCUCAUGUGUGGGGAUCGCUCAAAAUACUUAUUUUGGGAUCCAUAUCAUCCUAGUGAAGCUGCUAAUGUUAUAGUUGCUAAGUAUUUGCUUGACGGAGAUACCCAAUACAUAUUUCCUAUAAACCUUAGGCAGCUCAAGGAACUUUGAAGCUUUAAUCUUUAUUUUGAACUUUGUUAUUGCUUCAUAUCAGAUAUUGUUCCUCUAUUUAUUCACUAUGUAAUUUUUCUGCAAUGCCGGCAGUUGUCUUCAAAGAUACAUUCAUGUACUGAAUCAAGAACGCAUGAAUUAAAUGACCAACUGUUCACAUA